AUCAUAGAUUAAAAUGUAAUCUAUCAUAUAGUUCUAGAUGAAUACACAUAGAUAGGCCACGGCAAUCAGACUAUUGGCGACCGAAUUUUUGUUAAUUUGUACCUGGAGAAAUAGAGCUGUAAUAUUACAUAUUUAAAAAUUGCCCAGCUUGUAGAUAUUUUGGUAUAGCCACGAUUAUGUACGGCUAACAUGGCUAGCACAAAUUAAGAUAAAAACCAGUUAUUUAAAAGCAAUGUGUAUUUUAUCUAUUAUCAAUUAUUUUGUUAUUAAAAAAUUAUAGUUAACGGAAUACAGAUAAAAUACUUUCAUCUAGUCUGUGAUAUUAUAUCGUUCAUUUAUAUAGUGGCUAAGGGUUAUUUUUAAUGAUAAUUUGAUUAAUUCUAUGGAUUAUAUAGUAUUAUUCAAAACAUCAGUAGCUCUCUGAAUUUCCAGACAUAUACUUAUUUCUCUUGAUUUCUAUUGUAAUUAAAAUUGUUGUUUAUAUUUUUCACUUAUUACAUUAUUCUGAAUUUAAUUGAUUAAAAAUAACUAAAAUUAUAUAGUUCAACCUUGUUAAUAAUUCUUUAUAAAUUUAAAUUAGCAAAUCUAUGAAGUUAUUUGAAAGUUAUAUCAUUUUAUGUAUAAUACUAUUUGUAAUAGCCAUUAAUAAUUGUUAAGUUCAAUGAUGCUUUGCCAAAUUUUAUAAUAACUUGUAAUUUCUAAAUUUUCAUGCUUAGAUGUUAAUUUUAAAGAUUUAUAAUAAUUAAGACAGAUAAUAUACAGGAGAAUUAGUAAUAAAUAAAAUGGAGAAACCUCCUAAGAAGAUAAAAAUUGAAGAUGAAUUUAUUCCACGGGAUUAUCAACUUGAGUUAUUAAAAGAAGUUGAAAAAAACAAUACAGUUUUAUACUUACCUACAGGAAGUGGCAAAACUUACAUAGCCACAAUGCUUAUAAAAUCUAUGGGACAUUCAUUAAAUAAACCAGUAAAUAAUGGAAGAAAAAGAACAUUUUUUCUAGUAAAUACUGUUCCAUUAGUUUUACAGCAAGCCUCAUUCUUAAGAAAACAUUUACCGUGGAAUAUUGGAACAUUUAGUGGUGAUAUGAAUCUUGAUUUUUGGUCUCAAGACCAAUGGGAUAAAAUAAUUGAUGAUUGCCAUAUAAUGGUUAUGACUGCACAAAUAUAUUUGAAUAAUUUACAUCAUGGUUAUAUGAAAAUAAAUGAUGCCAAUCUUCUCAUUUUUGAUGAAUGUCAUCAUGCCAAAGCAAAUCAUCCUUUUAGACAGAUAAUGCAAGUUUACCAUGAUGACAGCAAAAAAGAAAAUCGACCUCGUAUUCUUGGACUAACUGCAACUUUAAUAAAUAGCAACUGUAAAAAUAUUAAAAAUGAAUUGGCUACUUUACAGCUAACUUUUAAUGCAACAAUUCAAACUAGAUAUAAUGAGAACAUUAAAUUGUUUUCAACAAAGCCUGAUUCACAAGUUUGCUUGUAUGAUAAAUUUACUCUUAAUACUGAACAAAUGUUUAUUUCUGAAAGAUUGAACUCAUUUGCUGAAAAAUUAAAAAGAAUUUUGACUACACCCAAUAAUGAACCAAUUGUUGAAGACAAAGAAAUAUUUCAUAUGGAAAAUUUAAAGCAAGCUACAAAAAAUUUAGCAAAUUUCUUUUUGGAUAUUGAUGUUAAUUAUUUGGAUAGUGGUACAUACAUUGGAUUUUUAGCUACCUGGCAUUAUAUUAUUGAAAUUGAAAAAAAGAAAAAAUUAUCUGAAGACGGAGAUAAAUUUAUUAUUUUUUCAUUAGUUUUAUCAGAAUUAGUAAUAAUUAGAAAACUAUUUUCUGACUACAUAAAAAAACAUUCCAAAUCUACUGAAGGCUCAUUAGCCUUAAUUGAAAAUUCUUCUCCAAAACUAUUGAAACUUAUUUCAUUCUUAAAGAAUGUUAAGCGUGAUGAUUCUUGCCUAAUUUUUGUUGAUCGUAGAAGUACGGCCAAACUUUUAUACCAUUUUAUUAAGGAAUUAAAACUAAGAAACUUCAAUUUCAAAAAUGUAGAAUGUGAUUUUAUUGUUGGUGCUAGAGGUUUGGCAUUUAGUCCUUUAUCUAAUGAAGCUAUGUAUCUUAAAAAACAAAAUCAAAACAUUGUUAAAAGCUUCCAUAAAAAUGAUAUUAAUGUUUUGAUAACCUCUGAAGUAUUAGAAGAGGGUAUUGAUAUACCUGAAUGCAAUUAUGUUAUAAGAUAUGACCUGCCAAAAAAUUUUCCAUCUUACAUUCAAUCUAAAGGUAGAGCACGAUCAAAAAAUAGUAAAUUUAUUGUAAUGACCCAGAAUUAUGUAGAAUGUCAGCAAACACAAAAUGUUUACACUAGUAUGGAAAAAGAAAUUGAAAAAAUUUUGGUAUCUGAAUGUAUUGAUGAUAGUAGUAAUGAUGAUGAGCAAUCUGGAGAAAAUUUUCAAACAGAAUUAGCAACAUUAACGCAUGAAAUGGCUAUAGGUAUUAUUAACAGGUAUUGUAACUCAUUACCACAAGAUCUCUUUUCUGUUUUGAGUCCAGAAUGGUGGCUUGCUGAAACACAGAAUAAUCUUAAAAAGUACAAGCUCAAACUUCCAAUAAAUAGUGCUAUAAAAACAUCAAUUGAUGGAAAAUUUUGUUAUUCAAAAAAGAAUGCAAAGAAGAGUUCAGCAUUUAAUGCUUGUAUUCAGCUAUAUCAUGCUGGGGCAUUAGAUGAAAACCUCUUACCAACAUCAGUUAAAAAUAAACUUGUUUAUAAUGAUGUUAAUUGGUUUCCACAUUGGGUUGAAAAUGACAAUGAAGCAAAAGACUGUAAGCCUGGAACUAAUAAAAUGAGAAGGAUUGUAAAUAUACAUAGUCCUUCUUAUUUGGAUGGUGUAUAUCCAAUUUCAAAUGAAACAUUAUAUUUGCAUAUGAUUGAGACUGUUCCAACUUAUGAAAAAUUAGAUGAUAAAAAGUAUGAAAAAUUUGAUAUGUUGAUUAGAUCAAAUGAAAAAUUUGCAAUUUUAACUUCUAAUAAAUUACCACCAGUAUCCCAGUUCCCAAUUUUUUUAAAUUUUGGACAUUUUAAUGUUUCUAUUAAAGUAAAUACAAAAACUAUAAUUCUUGAUCAGGAACAGAAAGGAAAGUUAGAACAAUUUCAUAAUAAAUUGUUUGUGGAUGUAUUAGGUGUUAAAGACUUUGUAGUAAGAAGUUAUAAAAAUGGGAAAAACUCAUAUUUAAUUGUACCUAUAAUUGCUUCAGGAAAUAAAUGUUCUAUCGAUUGGAAAGUGAUUGAUAUAAAUAUUUUUGUUGAAACUAAUCCACCAACUUUAGAUCAAAGAAAAGCCAAAUUUUAUGAAAAAUAUUUUAAUACGCCAUAUAUAAUUUCACCAUGGUAUAGAAAUAUAACUCCUAUCCAAAUGUAUCUUGUUAGCGAAGUUCACAAAGAUAUGUCACCUGAAAGCAUAUUUCCUUCAGAUAAUUAUGAUACGUACAAAGAUUACUUUCAAGAUAAGUAUUCUAUAAAAGUAACAAAUCCAGAUCAACCAUUAAUUCAAGUUAAAUCAUUAGGUGUACAAAAAAUCAAUUAUAUAGUACCUAGAAUUCAUAAUGGUAAAGUUGAUAAACGUAAUGAGUUUAUUGAAAUACUUAUACCUGAAUUUUGUAUGUGGCACCAGUUUCCAUCAGUUUAUUGGCUUAAAGCAUUAAUGUUACCAACCAUUUUAUAUCGAUUCAAUCAGUUAUUACUUGCUGAAGAUCUACUUGAAAAAAUUAAUAAAAUAUGUGGUUUUAAUUUUACAAAAAAAAAUAACUAUUCAGAAUCUUUGAAGGUUGACAAAUUUUAUGGAUCCAGAAAUAUGGAAAAGAAGAAAGUAGAAACAAUUUUGCCCCUUUGUGAAACAAUGAAAUUAUUAAAAAAUUCUCUUAAUGAAGUAAAUGACUGGAAACUGAAGGAUCUACCUAUUGACAUUGAAAGACAAAAAAAUACAACUGCAUUAGAUAUCAUAAAUUACAUUUCAUUUAUGAAUCCAAAAAAAAAAUUAAAUGAAAAGAGUACUAUGUUAGAAACUUCAGAAAAUCAAUUAGAAGAUAAGGAUUUUAAUGAAAUUAAUCCAAAUAAUGAUCAAGUGGAUGAAAUUAAAACAAUUAUGAAGACUGUAUUAAGUAAGAUUAACUUAUUAAAUUUUGCAAAGAAUAAAGCGCCAAUACUUGAAUCAUUAUCAAAAUGUAUUUCAAAUUAUACAGUUGGACCAAGACAAUGUGAUAUUUUAAAGGCUAUAACACCUUCUUGUACAAGUGAUAUAUUUAAUUAUGAGUGUAUGGAAACAUUUGGUGAUAGUUUCUUAAAAUUUGCCACUUCGUUGGUUCUGUUUGAUAGUUUUGAAAAAGAAAAUGAAGGUGUUCUCACUGAUUUAAAAAUGAAAUUAGUGGGCAAUAGAAAUUUAUUUUAUAUUGGAAGAAAUAUUAAUCUUGGAUCUUAUAUUACGGUUAAUACUUUUGAACCAUCAAUGGACUGGGUACCUCCUUGUUUUUCUGUACCUGAAAAGUUGGUAAGCGAUAUUAAUAUUUUUGACCAAGUACCAUCUGAUGUUUUAUACCAAAUUGUUAUUCCAAGAGACGAUAAAUUAUCAGGAGAGUUAUCUGAGAAUACUUGGAGUCAUAUAGAAAAUGAAUGUGUCAGAUUCAAAGAAUUAUAUGAUACCGAAGUUUCACCUAAAUUUGGUUACUCUCAAUCUGACAUAUUCUUAAACAAACAGUCCAUUUCUGAUAAAAUGGUUGCUGACAGUGUAGAAGCAUUAAUUGGAACUUAUGUAUAUCAUUGUGGUUUAGAAGGAGGAUUUAAAAUUCUUAGUGGAUUUGGUAUAAUACCAUCUGAAUUUGUAAAUGUUUAUAAACCUAAAGUAGUUUUAAAAAAUACAGUUGAUGAUAUGAAUAUGUCACAAUUAGUACCAGGCUAUGAGUUAUUAGAAAAAAGAAUUGGUUAUGAAUUUAAAUGCAAACAUCUAUUGUUAAUGGCAUUAACUCAUCCAACUCAUGUAUUGGGUUUCUCUGAAUGUUACCAAAGACUUGAAUUUCUUGGAGAUGCUAUACUUGAUUUUUUGAUUACUUCUUAUAUUAUUGAACACUGUACUAAUAAAUCACCAGGUGAAAUCACUGACAUAAGAUCAUCAUUAGUUAAUAAUAUUACAUUUGCUUCUUUAAGUGCUCGCAUCGGAUUACAUCGAUUUUUAUUAUCUGAAUCAAUAAAGUUAACUGAAGCAAUUGAUCGUUUUUAUGAACAUCAAGAAAAAAACCACCAUCAAGUUGGUCAAGAGGUACUAUAUUUAUUAGAAGAAAAAGAUUGUAUGGUUGCUGAAGCUAUUGAUGUUCCAAAAGUUUUGGGAGAUUUAUUUGAGUCAUUAAUAGCUGCUAUUUAUUUAGAUUGUGGUAGAGAUUUAAAAUUUGUUUGGCAAUUUUGUUACAAAUUAAUGGAACAAGAAAUUAAGGAAUUUUCAACUAACAUACCAAAAAACCCUAUUCGAAUUUUACAUGAAACCAAUGUCCAACCUUCAUUCAGCAAACCACCUACUUCUCAAAUAGCAUCUGAUCAUAGACUAGGGACUAUGAUACAAUUAGAAAUUUUUGUUGAUAGUCAAAAGUUGACAAUGUUUGGUUUAGGUAAAAAUAAAAAAGAGGCAAAGUUAGCUGCUGCAAAAAUGGCUCUUAAAAGAAUACGAAAUGUUUUAUAAUCUAAAUUAUGUAUGAAAUAUAAAUAAGUUUUUCUUUAUGUUUAUUUUGUAUUGAUUGUUAAUGUUGUCCAAUUUUUUCACUUUUUAUUUUUUAAAUUAAAUAUAUAGUUUAUUUUUCAAAUUUUA